GACUAAAAAUUUCCUGCCCCCCCCCCCCCCCCCCCCGGCCGGCCAGAUCGAUGGGUGUGCGUACGGGAGGUGUGGCUGCCGGGAGGAGAGUCCGGCUCUUCUCUCUCUCCCCUUAGUGUUGUGAGGGGAAGGGGGGAAACUUCCCCUCUCUCUUUACUCAUUUCUACACUUAUGAGUGGUCCUCCCCCGGUGGGAGUUAUCAUGAGGUGGGAUAACUCUGGGUUGAAUAUGGGUUAAUGGGGAGGAUAGGUUUAGGGAUAACAUACUGGGUAGCUAGGAUAAUGCUCUCUCAGGCGCCGGGACCGUUGCCAAAGCGGCAUUUUUGAACUCUUUAUUCUCUCUCAUUUCUUCAUUAGUUCCCUUCUUGAUGUUAGGUUUCCCCCCGCUCUUAGUCACGCCCGUGUCUUGCUAGAAAAUCCCGGCUGCGCUUUCUCGCAAGAUAUUAUUUUCCAGAAUGAGGAUGAGUGUGAGAAACAAAAGCCGUAUUAGGCAACUGUGCCGCUCUCGGCCGCACAGAGCCGUGUCGUCCCCUCAGUUUGGUUGUGACAUUGUUCGGGGGAGGAUCGCCGCCGCGUUCUCCCGGUAUUAUGUUGAAAGUGUAGACUCAUUGACAGUUAGUUCGUCUUGUAGCGGUGAUUUUUUGUUUUGUUUUAACAUUUUUGAUUAAAACUUUGAAUUUCUGUAUUUUUGGGGGGUCGACAGCCGCGCGGAAAGUUGCUGAGCUAAGCAGCCAGCUGUGUGAGGUGAAGGGUACUAGUACUUAGUAAGAAAUGGGGGAAGAUGCUUCUGUAUGAGGAAGCCAAGCAUGAGGUGUGACCGUCUACCAAGGAAGGUACAGUCCCCCCUCAAAAAGAAAACCCGCUCUCAAAAUAUACACCUUGUAGCCGAGCCUAGUGUAACCUGGUUGAUACCUGGUUGAUGGGGUUCUGGGAGUUCUUCUACUCCCCAAGCCCUGCCCGAGGCCAAGUUUGACUUGAGAGAACCUGGUGGAUUAUAGACAAGGUAGCCGAGCCUGGCCUUGGUAACCUGGCCUUGGUAGCCUGGCCUUGGUAGCCUGGCCUUGGUAGCCUGGCCUGGUAGCCUGGCCUUGGUAGCCUGGACUUGGUAGCCUGGCCUGGUAGCCUGGCCUGGUAGCCUGGUGCUUGACGCCUCGUCCAUGUGGUGGUACCUGGUCGACCAGCUGCUACAUGUCACCCCAGCCGACCUCGUCAACUGGUUCUUCACCCUGUUGAUAGUCAUCUUCAUCCUGCUCACACUCCUGCUUGUUCCGGCGUUCAUGCGAGGGCUCUAGGGCGCAGAAUGGGCGCUCAAAGCGCUCACACCAAUGGGAACUUAACCUGAGCCCCCCCCAUGUUGGGAAUUUCUUCGUCUGUUCUCACAAUAAUGCGGUGUUUUUGGCAUGUACAGCUCAAAGCAAACAGCGAAUAUAUUGAGAAGACAGUGGACGUUUCUUGGCAACAGUAGCAAAAGCCAGACGUUAAUAGUAUUAAAAAUAAAAUGAAUAAAGCUAUUUAAACGGUAAAUUAGUAGCGGCAGCAGUAGUUGUUGUCUAUGAGUUAGUUGUACCGGAAGGUCCCAGGAGCCAGCGAGUUGUACUGAAAGGUCCCAGGAGCCAGCGAGUUGUACUGGAAGGUCCCAGGAGCCAGCGAGUUGUACUGGAAGGUCCCAGGAGCCAGCGAGUUGUACUGGAAGGUCCCAGGAGCCAGCGAGUUGUACUGGAAGGUCCCAGGAGCCAGCGAGUUGUACCGGAAGGUCCCAGGAGCCAGCGAGUUGUACCGGAAGGUCCCAGGAGCCAGCGAGUUGUACCGGAAGGUCCCAGGAGCCAGUGAGUUGUACCGGAAGGUCCCAGGAGCCAGCGAGUUGUACCAGAAGGUCCCAGGAGCCAGCGAGUUGUACUGGAAGGUCCCAGGAGCCAGUGAGUUGUACUGGAAGGUCCCAGGAGCCAGUGAGUUGUACUGGAAGGUCCCAGGAGCCAGUGAGUUGUACUGGAAGGUCCCAGGAGCCAGUGAGUUGUACUGGAAGGUCCCAGGAGCCAGUGAGUUGUACUGGAAGGUCCCAGGAGCCAUGGUGGCUGCAGCCUGCCUCUGAUAAAACAAAUCUUGAGUGACGCGGUGGUACUCCCCGCCCCGCCUCCCUGAGGGCGACCCGGGUCUGCCCGUGCUCUGGUCCUGCUCUUCCUGUACUGUAGAAAUUAUUCUAAAGCCAUUAACAAAGAAGCCCUGAUAUGAAAUGCUGAAUAAAUGGUCCUCUUGCCUGUGAUAAGCAUCACGAAUUCAGCAUCAGUUGCAGCCAGCUGAGUUGUCUUCAGACGCAGAGGGCUUCUGAAUAAGCUGCAAGCUUGCAUUUGGCAGUCUUAAUGUAUAUUUGGCGACUUAAUUAAUGUUGUUGGACCGACUAGCAAUUCCCCACUCCAGUCAAGCAUAUAAAUGCUGUUCCAUUUAUUGGAGGCCGUAAAUGUCUGUAGCUCCUAGAGUGGACGCGUGAGGGGAGAUUUAUACACCCUCCCCAUACCCACCUCCCACUGAAGCAGCUUUAACCGGAGCGGUCGUUGGAGACGGAACGGUGAGCAGCUGGAGACAAAGGGGGCGAACUAGCGAGGCGUAGUUCGGCUGCUUCAAGACUGACGGCUGGUGGUCGAUGGUGGAACAAGACAAGAAUGGACUUGAGGCACAACCAAACCUUCAGUAAACCCUAGUGGCCAUGGAGUAACUAUCAUUGAAGUCUUAAGAAAAAAAGUUAAAUAAAGGGAAGAAAAUACAUCGAAAAGCAAGAUUUUUGAUAUGUGGAAGACAAUAAGCAGCGAUGUGGAGGCAAAGACACGCUGAAACAAAUGAGGAGAGGGGUGCGUCGUCCAUGGUGUACAGCUUCCCCCCUCGCCCUCUUUUCCCCCUCCCCUAAACUCCCUUCCAUCAGGAUGAGGGGAAGAACGAGGGAAGCGGCGUGUAAGUGAUAAUUCAUUGGGGGAGCAUUGAUGAGUAGGUUCCACUUGAUGACUGACUGUGAGGGGACACUUGUCAGGAUUUAAGUCACGAAUGACUGACUGCAUUUAUAUCGACAGAGACAACCUAAGUGAAUUGACAUGGAAAUCAAGGGCAAGAACUUGUAUAUGAAACAAUUUUCCUCUCCCGAAAGUUAUGGACCAGAAAGGAAUGAAUAUUGAUUAGUUUAAGCGAUCGUAUAAUGUAUAUUCAAACACUUGCACUAGGCAACAUGAUAUGACUGGCUAGGCUACCCAGCCUAUCAUAACCUGGUCGUUCAUGCCUUAAAGACCAGGGACUAGAAAAACUGGUCGAUCAUAUAAUACUUUGCGAGUUUGUCGAGGGUCGAGGCCUCCGGCACACUCCUCCUCGCCUCUUGGGUAAACUAACCAUGGAAACUUGAGAGGGAAUAGUGAUGAGCACCUCUGAGAGGCUUCGAGUGGGUCUUGGAUCCUUUGGGACGCCUUGGAACCCAGUCCGGUGUGCACAAGUGACUCAUUUUGGAUUCAUUUAGAGGCUCGAAAAGGUCUACUCGGUGAUUCUAGCCUGAUCAAUUGAUGCUUGCAAAUUCCUCUUCACCCUCCGGAGAUCCAUUGAACAGGGUGUUCAGCGAGGACUUGGGACGAGGAUCCUGAAGUUUAGAGCCGUAAGUGAAUCGGAUCCUGGGUCAGCCACCUUAAGACUUCAUGUAACUACUUUAGGUUAAGUAAAUGUGUUAGGGAACGGCGUAAUCUACUUGUAGAGUUAAUUUUUUUUUAAUCCCGUGGUGACCAAGUCGAAGGUGAAGCAACCAUCAUUCACUGGAACAGAGUAUAUCUACCAUUCACAAAACGGCUAUUGUUGAAUUGCGGGAUCUUCAGUUUAAAACCGUCUUCACAAGACCCUGAAUGCUGGUGGACUCAACAUGGCAUCUGAGGAGAGAGAGCAGAAUAACAUUAUUAUAUAAAGUGUGUGUGCAGUGAGGGGGAAUACAAUAGCAAAGUAGUCUCCCCUCGUGUGCUGCGCCUAGCAACCCCCUGUUCCUCCCCUCUACCUCACCAGAGAGAGGGGGACGACCCCUCCCAGUCAAUCCUCCCAUGCCAGCCGCGUGUUCCAGGACUGCCGGGAUUGUCUGGUAUUGCGUGUGGGAAGUGAAUACUGAUGUCUUGUGUGGUGGUCAGGGAUUGAAUGCUGUCGUCGCCUGCUAAUGCCAGGCCACUGCCACGGAUGAUAGACAUCUGCUGAAGUGCUGUUUUGUUUGCUCCUUCGUGUGUCAGAGCCGGAAGGCGGGCGCAGCAAAUUCUCGUUCACCCUUAGAAUGUUACAUUAAGGCUCGCGCGAGGAAGAGAAUUGACGCUAUUGUAGUGAACUUGAGGUAGAUAAAACUAGGUUCUUGUAGAAACAAAAGCGUCUUCAGGGGCAAGAAUCUUUAGACACGCAAGCCGGCUAGGAAAGCCAGUGUUAUGUAUUAGCUGGCUUGCCAGACCCCUAAGCCAUGGGCACUAGCAGAGGGGCGUCUGCUGCCUCUGGUCAACAUUACGCCUUAUCUGCUGGACUCUGCUUCCCUCUGAUCCAGUAGGCGGGUCUGCAGACCGCGGUGAGAGGCAGUGGGCGGCAUGGCGCCCAUGUUCUGCACCAAACUCUUCAGCUGGAACAAGCCAGGUAAGGGCAAGAAGGAGAGUGGGUCGAGGCCGCCAUUGGAUACCGUCUUCCCCGAGCCGCAGGAGGAGGGGGAAGCGUGUCCCUAUUGGACCCACGUACAGUGUAACCCACCGCCUCAUAAUUCCUCCUCAGGGCCACUCACGCCCACUCAUGUCCCAUUGCUGCCCGCCCACCAUCCGGCCAGUCCGGUCCACCACCAGCCGGCCACGGCGCCCCGCAGCCCAUCGUCACAUCGACGUGCCGCCCAUGUCCGCAGCCACCAAGUCAAGUGCGGCCAUGACGUCCCUUACUACAACACCAACUACAACACCACCUACAACAGCCCCUACCACAGCCCGCACCACAGCCCGGGGCCCAACAGCCCCGUCAACCACAGCCCCGUUCAUUUUAGUCCGAUACAUCAUCCCUCAAGUCAUCAUAACCAGGGGUACAAGAGCCCAGUACAUCACGCCUCAGGGUACAAGAGCCCGGUACAUCAUGCCUCGGGGUACAACAGCCCGGUACAUCACGCCUCGGGGUACAACAGCCCGGUACAUCACGCCUCAGGGUACAACAGCCCGGUACAUCACGCCUCGGGGUUCAACAGCCCGGUACAUCACGCCUCAGGGUACAACAGCCCUGUUCCCCAUGCCCCGGGGUACAACAGUCCAAUAUCUCACGCGUCGGGGUACAACAGCCCGGUACAGCCGCCCCCGGGGUACACCAACCCGCUGCACCACAGGGGCUACGUCCUGGAAAGUAACUACUGCCAGCCACUUCCCCCGCCGCCGCCACAACGCCCGCCGCCGCCACUACCAGGCCAGGAAGGUAAUGUCUGGGCUACUUUCCCAUCUUACUAUCAUCAGUGUUACCAAUAAUGGGCCUAAUU